AUGGACACGGGUGUCGCGAACCAGCAGAAGCUGCCGGCGGACGCUGGAGGGGUUGCGCCGGCGGCGGGAAGCAAGGCGGGCGGCGGCGGUGGCGAGCGGAAGCACCUCUCCUCCAUCGCCAACCACGUGCUCCGGCAAUGUUCCCUGACAUUGGACAGGAGUGUUAAUGAUUUGGUUGCAGACUUCGAGUUGGGCUUAAAGACUGCUGCAGUUGACAACUACUCAAGGAAACUAGUUGAGUUUUGUAGCCUUCAGGCCCUGCAAAUCAUCACAUCUCAUGAUAUAGGAGAAAAGAUAAGUGAGGGAUCGCUUAGUCGAUUCACUUUUGAUAUGAUGCUAGCUUGGGAAACCCCCACUCCUUCGGAUCAACAGACUACCAUGGAGAGCAUAGCGAAAGAAAGGGAAGACAGAAAGGAGCCACUGGGAGCAAAUGAAGCUGUGAUGGGUGAUGAGACUUCACUGUUCUAUUCAGAUAUCAUGCCUCUUCUUGUGAAUGAAGAGCCAACUGUUGGAGAAGAAGCGUACGUGUGGUUUGGUUCUGUAUUCCCUUUGGCUUGUGACGUGGUCAAUGCUCGAUUCACAUUUGAGGCUCUCACUGCUACCACAGCUAAUAGGCUGCAUUAUCCUGCUUAUGACAGAUUCCUGAAAGAGAUGGAUAAAUCCUUCAAGUUCUUGCAAAACUUGCCAAUUCCAACUGGAAUUGAAUUUGCUGAAGACGAAUUCAUUUUGCACAUGGAGGGGACAGCAGGAACACAAAGGGUAGUGAGGCACGUUGGAACCUCCAGUUGGCCAGGUCGAGUGACCCUGACAAACAAGGCACUAUAUUUUGAGGCUUCUGGAAAAAUUACAUACGAAUCCGCUAUCAAGGUUGAUCUUUCACACACUGAAAUUGAACACCAAAUUAACACGGCUUCAACAGGCCCUUUUGGCGUGCCUUUGUUUGAUAAAGCCAUCGUCUUUGAGUCACUACCUGAGCCUCUGGUUUUGGAGUUUCCCGAGAUGACAAGCUCAACAAGGCGGGAUAUGUGGCUUACUCUGAUAAGAGAAGUACUCUUCAUUCACCGUUUUAUAUCAAUGUACAACAUAGAAUCACCCGUUCACAAAUGGGAGGUACACUCUAGAAUUAUAUUGGGAGUAAUAAGGCUCCAUGCGGCAAGAGAGAUGCUAAGGAUGGCGCCGCCGCCUCCAUCCAGUUUUUUAGUGUUCUCACUGUAUGAUGACCUGCCUAAAGGUGAUUUUGUACUUGAACAACUAGCGAGCAACCUGAAGCAGACCUCCACCAUUACCCGAUUGAGUGCAUCCUAUGUAUUUAAGGGUUUAAGCAAAUCUUAUGUGAUACCUUUGAGUGCGGAGAUAGCAAAGGAUCAUGAGACAGACUCCAAUGGCCAUGAGCAGCCCCUGGCAUCCCUAGAAAACAAGAUUGAUCAAGUGAAAGAUGAGGCCAGGGAAGUCACCGCUGCCAAUGCUGCCAUUGAAGGGAUGAGGGAGGAAGGCAUCACUGAUAGCCUUCUCGUACUGGUGGGAUUGGUCAGUUCCAUCAGCAAAUUGCGCCCAGUGAUCCAGCAGAUAACCUCAUGGGAAAGACCGCUUGUUACUGGCAGUAUCCUUGCUGUAACAUUGCUAACCAUAUACAAUGAGUGGUUCGGUUAUGUGUUAGCCGCAUCCCUGAUGCUGGCAGUUGGCAUGAUGGUUUGGGCUAGACAAAGAAAGAUCGGCAAGAUAUGCUCGGAAGUGAUCAUCGAUACUUCAUCGGACAAGACAACAAUGGAGAGCAUAGUGGAAGCACAACAAAACCUGAAGAAAGCGCACGAGUACAUCAAGACAGCAAACAUCAUCAUCCUUAGGCUGUGGGCGAUCGCGCUAGCGAGGUCGCCAAAGCACACAGAGACGAUGAUAUGGAUGCUGACCGGGUCCGCAGUGGUGGUGGCCGUCAUCCCGUUCAAGUACAUCCUGAUCGGGGCGGUGGCAGGCGGCCUCCUGGCGAACACGAGGAUCGCGAAGGCCAUGUCGAACCCGCAGGGUAGCCGGCGGUGGAGGGAGUGGUGGGAGUCCAUCCCCGCCGUCCCGGUUCGAACAGUUGACAAGAACGAGCUGUGA